GAAUAUUGAAUCAGUUACCAAUCACGCUUCAUAAGAAACUUGAUUAACUUGAAAAACGAAAAAAGUUUUGAUCGUAUUAUUUUUUUCACCAUGGCCAAGUUAUUGAUCUUAGUACUUUUGGUUGCAUUUGCUGCAGCAGUCUUGUCUGCUCCAACUGAAGAUGACUAUUCUCUUCAUCCUGAGGAAUACGGAUCUCAAGUGGAGUCCGGAAGCGUUCGUAUACCUCGAGCUACUUGUGAUCUUCUCUCAGGCUUUGGUGUCGCCGAUUCUGCUUGCGCACUCCAUUGCUUGGCUAAAAAAUUCAAAGGAGGUUGGUGCGAAAAAGGGGUUUGUCACUGUCGUCAUUGAUGACAUACAUAAGUUAUACUGAUUCAAGGGAAGUACCCAUUGAAUCGUAAUUUUUUAAUUUUAUAUUGUAAUGUGACAUUCGUUUUUCUACUUGAUUUCAAUUUAUCGAAUAAAAUAUAACUUCAUUCAAUGA